CUCAGGCGUGGGGAAGGCCAGCGGGCGAGAAGGAGGGGCUGCCACCGAGAAAAGCUGGAAGUGGGCGGGGCGGAUCGGGUAGGGGCGCGUGGCCGAGUUGAGGUGCGCGUGACAGCGGGGCCUGGAGCUAGUGAGGUUUGGAAGUUUCGUCACUCCUCUCGGAACGAAGCUCCAGUGGCCGCAGCAGCAGGUGUGGUGUGGUAGUGAGGGACCUGCAAGCCAUGGACGUGCGGAAGUUGAACGAGCUGCGGGCCUUCGUGAAACUCUGCAAGCAGAAUCCGGCCGUCCUGCACGCUGAAGAGAUGCGUUUCUUCCGCGAGUGGGUGGAAAGCAUGGGAGGAACAAUACCACCAGCACCAUGCAACACUUCUGCAGAAAAGACUGCUGAGGCAAAACCAGAAGAAAAGAAGCCAGAAGAACCACCAAAACCACCAGAGCCUGAGAGUGAAGAGAGUGAUUUAGAAAUUGACAAUGAAGGAGUGAUUGAACCAGACAGUGAUGAACCUCAAGCAAUGGGAGAUGAAAGUGUUGAGGUAACAGAAGAGAUGAUGGACCAGGCCAAUGAAAAGAAGGUGGAAGCAAUUAAUGCAUUAGGUGAAGGUGAACUUCAGAAAGCCAUUGAUUUAUUCACAGAAGCGAUCAAGUUGAAUCCUCAUUUGGCUAUCCUGUACGCCAAACGAGCCAGUGUUUUUGUGAAAAUGCAGAAGCCAAAUGCUGCCAUUAGAGAUUGUGACAGAGCUAUUCAGAUUAAUCCUGAUUCAGCGCAGACCUACAAAUGGCGAGGAAAAGCCCACAGGCUGUUAGGUCACUGGGAGGAGGCUGCACGUGACUUGUCUUUGGCCUGUAAAUUGGAUUAUGAUGAUGAAGCUAGUGCCAUGCUGAAGGAAGUACAGCCACGAGCUCAGAAGAUUGCAGAACAUAGGAGAAAAUAUGAACGAAAGCGUGAAGAAAAAGAAAUCCGAGACAGACUGGAAAGAGUAAAGAAAGCCCGGGAGGAACAUGAGAGAGCUCAAAGGGAGGAAGAGGCUCGUAGACAAACAGGAGGACCUCAGUUUGGUGGCUUCCCAGGUGGUUUUCCUGGUGGAAUGCCUGGUGCCAUGCCUGGGAUGGGGGGCAUGCCAGGCCUCAAUGAAAUUCUUAGUGACCCCGAGGUUCUUGCAGCCAUGCAGGAUCCAGAAGUUAUGGCAGCUUUUCAAGAUGUUGCCCAGAACCCAGCAAACAUGUCGAAGUACCAGAAUAACCCCAAAGUUAUGAAUCUCAUUGGCAAACUAUCAGCCAAAUUUGGAAGCCAACCAUAAAAUCCCCUUUCGUGGCAAGGCAUGGGGGAAUAUUAUUCACUUAUUGUAUGUUGCAAUAACACAAACCAUUGUACCUCUGAUUCUCAAAUGAGAACAAGAGUGCUUUGGGUAGAAUUCCUUUCUCCUCCCUUGAUGCUUCAGAAAAGAAUGUUUAUUCAUGAUCAUAUCCAGGUUUUAUUUCAAAAACAGUUAUUUCUUUCUCACCACCUUUGCCCACGAAUUUGUCUUAACAGUAGCACAAAUUGCAUUGUUAUCUCCCAGUGAAUUGUUCCAGAAAGAAUAGAGUGAGUGGUUAAGGUUUUUUCUUCUUUAGGGGUGUUGUGUUGGAGUGAUUCUUUUAUAACUUCAUUGGAUCCUUUGUAAGAACUUCUAACAAUGUUUAAGUUCUAGUAUGAGGAGAUGAGGCCUAGCAUUUUUAUUUUAACUGAAAGAAAUAGUAUAUCCAUAUUCAUUUUGUACAUUCACAAAGGUGACACAAUCUGGAACAAUUGGAGACACCCUUACUGUCGCAUGUUUUGGCUUUAAAUGUGUUAGUACAAAUGCUAUUGAUGCUGGGCUACUUACACAAUCAAUGUUGAACAAAUUAACAUGUUCUUGUCAUGGUGCAUAAGGGGCAUAUGUUUCACUAUUAGUAAGCUGAUUGACUCCAGUGGCGGGGAAACUCUUCAUUAUUUGUACUGAUUUGACUAUUAAAUAUUAUUGCCUGGCUUAACUCCCUAAUAUUAUACAAGAGAAACAAAUUAAUUCAUGCUACCCUCUCACAUUCAUUAUUUAAUCAAUUCAGAAUGCAAGUAGACAGCACAAUGUAAGUUAGUAGUGAAGUGAUGACCCUCUGGAUUCUAAGUUCUUAAGUCUGAAUAAACUUGCAUAUCUUGUCCAGAUUUUAAAGAUUUGAUGGUGUUAGUUCCAUUAAUUCAUUUGAGUCCUAUAUCCUUGUACUCCAGUUAUCAGUCUCUAAUACUUGUUUUAUGGGGGCUUGUUAAUGUGAUACUGUCACACUGAUACUUGUGCAGCUUGUGUUCUGAAGGGGCGAAGACAGAAGGUCUGGUCUGGAAUGGCCCAUCCUAAUUAAUUACAGCAUGUGUAUUCAUUGAACACCUUGUUGAAAUGCUUGCUGAAACUAAUACAAUUCUGUUUUUUUUUCUGCUCUUAAUGUUGAAAAGCUUAAUAUAAUUAGGUCUUGGACUCUUAUAGGGCUUUUGAAUGUUUCCUGUUCUGUACUCUUGUAAUUUUGUCAGAAUCGAUAAGUGAUUUUUCCUAAUUAAAUCUGGACUGGUUUAGGAACUCAGAUUGUAAAAAUUAAUUCCAUAAAGUUUUGUCCUCAUACAGUCAUCUUGUCAAAUGAAAAGAGAGAGAAAUCCAUUUUUUGCUUAAGAAAUAGUUCUGAAAUUAAUUCUAGUUGCCUUUAAAAAUAAUAAAGACUGGUUUUGAAGAA